CCUAGCCAACAGCGAACACCUGUUACUCGCGCCAUUGUUCGCCGAAGAGCCGGCUAGAUCAGAUCGUAAUUAUAAUCAACGCGCUGCACUCAGUGAAAAUGUCCGAACAAACAGCGAAUAAAGAGAACAACGUCGAAGAGCAGAAACCCGCUGCGAAGGCCGAAGAGGUGAAAGAAAACGGCACCGGAGAUGCUACGCCGGCAAACGAAGCGGUCGAAACAAAAGAAAAAGAAGCACCUCCGAAAGAAAUGCGUGCCGUCGUCCUCACCGGUUUCGGGGGCCUGAAGAGCGUCAAAAUCCUCAAGAAGCCGGAGCCUACGCUCAAUGAGGGCGAGGUACUCAUCAGGGUGAAGGCAUGUGGACUGAACUUCCAAGACCUGAUGCUCCGGCAAGGUGCCAUCGACUCCCCUCCGAAAUGUCCCUUCAUCAUGGGCUUCGAAUGUGCCGGGGAUGUCGAACAAGUUGGGGAGGGCGUUGAAGGGUUUGCGAUUGGCGACAGAGUAGUGGCACUACCCGAGUACCGCGCUUGGGCCGAGUUGGUAGCCGUACCAGCGAAGUACGCUUACAAACUCCCAGAAGGAAUGUCCUAUCUAGACGCGGUUACCAUCACCAUGAACUACGCCGUCGCUCAUGCUCUACUCUUCGAAAUCGCUGGAAUUGGCGAAGGAAAGUCCAUCUUGGUGCACAGUGUUGGAGGAGGAGUGGGUCAAGCGGUAGCUCAACUAGCCAAGACCGUUCCCAACGUGACAGUCUUCGGCGUGUGCUCCAAAUCCAAACACGAAGCGCUCCAAGCCUCUGGUGCUCCUGUUGACAAGCUUCUAGAUCGUGCUUCUGAUUACGCAGCAGAGGUUCGCAAACAGCAGCCUGAAGGUGUUGAUAUCGUCCUCGAUUGCCUGUGCGGCGAGGAAUGCCAAAAGGGAUAUUCUCUGCUCAAGCCUAUGGGGCGAUAUGUGCUCUACGGGAGCAGCAAUGUAGUUACAGGGGAAACCAAGAGCUUCUUCAGCGCUGCUAGAGCGUGGUGGCAAGUCGACAAGAUCUCUCCCUUGAAACUGUUCGACGACAACCGCACCAUUUCCGGUUUCAACUUGAGACGACUCAUGUUCCAACAAAAUGGAGAGGGUUUCGUCAGGGAGACCAUCCAAAAAGUGUUCUCGCUAUUUGAACAAGGCAAGGUCAAGCCGGUGCUCGAUACUACAUGGGCUCUAGAAGACGUGGCUGAAGCUAUGCAGAAGAUGCACGAUCGUAAGAACAUCGGCAAGAUCAUCCUGGAUCCGAGCUUGGAACCGAAACCGAAACCGGCCACCCCAGCGAAGGGUAAGAACAAGGAAGACAAGAAGAAACAGGCUUCCGAAGAAAAGAAGGACUCCGAGGAGAAGAAAGAGGAAGAAAAGAAGGAAGAGAAAAAGGAGGAGAAAAAAGAGGAGAAGAAAGAGGAAGCUACUGCCAACGGCGAAUCAGGAGAUAGCGCAAAGUAAUAAGAACGGCUUUGUGCGUUAUUUAGGUUAUGUUAUAUGUUGGUGUUGCGUGGCAAUUCAGUGGAUCAUUUUUUGUGCCAUUUGAAAAAUUAGCCCCUUGACCGUAUAUGGAAUAAGGGCUAUUAUCCAUCGAAAUUGUCCGAAAUUUUACUGAAUUGUCACGAAUAUUUUAAUUUACUUGUAUUUUGAAACCGUACGGUCCUAACGACACUUUGAGCAUACGUUUUGAAUCAGACGUUAUUGAGAAAUGUUUGGCUUAUAACGAAUUUCGUACCAUAUAUUGCAUUUUUAUACUUAUUUUUUUAAAACGUAUCUGCGAUUUUGUAUACAGAUCUCAACGCAUAUAUCGACCAUACAUUCUGAGCUGUGUUAUUUUUAUAAAAUCUACAGUGUGGUGACGGUUUUAGGGACCUAACAUUUCGUCUAUCAGUAUUUAAGCGGUAAUUUAGAACGUUUUGAUAUACACUGAAAUUCAUUUACGUCUUUUGGCGCCACAUUCGACGUGUACGAGAGAGAGAGAAAGUGCAACGCCAUGCAAUACGUGUGUUAAAAAGAGAGCGUCACAAAACAUUUACACUGAAGAAGGUAAGUCAUGUGUUAUCCAUAGGAUGAUUUGACUUAUGUCAUUGUCAAGGCGCCAUUUUUUUUACGAGGUUGUGCAUGGAGCCACAUGCAACGUUGCCAGCUCUUCGCGUAAAUCUGAGGAUGUAAUUUGUAUUGGAAGAUUUCAUAACGUCGUGUGUUAGUAACAAUCAUCCACAUCGCCUGCCGAUAUUUGGGGGAGGGUUCGAUUUCGAUGCGGCGUUGUCAAGUUGUCAAUUUGGAGACGAAUUUGCAAAAUGUUGCCAUACUGUAGCGUAAGUACGAGGUGUCCCACUAUAAAUUGACCGCCUCUCAACUUUUUAGCAUGAAUUUUGAGAAAAAAAAGUUAUAUACAAGACUUUUAGAGCCUAAUAUAAAGUUUUUGCGGCAAUGUCUUUUUUAUAUACCGGGUGUCACAGAAAAGUGCUAUCGAAUUCCUUUUUUUUUUUAAAGGUACACCCUGUAUAUGUUUCAAGUUUUCGACCAAUCUAGUGAUAAUAAGUAUGAUAAACUAUCUAUAUUUGUUAUCAGAAAAAAGCGACUAUCAUUGUCACUAAAAAUGUACAGGGUAUUUGUUCCAUUUGAAUUCUACUUUUUCGGGAUACCUUGUAUAUAAAAACAUAAGUUAGAGGGGAUCAAUUUAUAGCGGGACACCCUGUACCUAAUAGUAUACAUAUAGAGGAUUAGUCAAAACAUUUUGAGACCAAUGAUUUUACUUAUAUUUUUUUACACUGUUUCGUAAUUUUCGUCCCUGUCUUUGCGUUUCAUAUUUCUAAUGGUGCUUUUUCGUGUAUCGUGUAUCUAAUGAUUCCAAUCUAGCUUAUUUUUGUACUAUAACGGCACAUAUCUGUGUGUAUCAGACCAAAAACAUCAAACGUGGUAAUUAGGUAGCGUUUGAAGACAGAACGAAAAACAUAUUUUUCCAUAAUUAGUUUUUUCACUCAAUAGUUCAAUCAAGGACAAAUAAGUAGUUUGGAUGAAUCUUCGCCCUUGUAUUUUUGCUAUUGCUAUUUUUUAACAUUUGGAAGCAUAUCAACUUUUCUGAUGAAAAUUUUACACUCACUUUUCUAUCAGACGCGACCGGUGCUGUCAAAAACACAGACCGACAGGAUUUUUUAGCCAGAAACGACAGAUAUUUGAUGCCCUGAAUCUGAAUCCGAUUAUUGCGUAUAUUCGAGGUUAUGCAAAAAAAAAUCAUAGAUAUCAUCAAGUCAAAUGCCUGAGUUUUUUAAAUAUCUCUUUUUUUUCGCUGAGAUAUGACACUUUAAAUUUAUCAUUUGUUUUGAGGGGCUUAAAUGAUGACCUUGACCGUCAUAUUGAAGAACAUUUCAAGGUCAAGCGAACGUUUUUAACAUCGGAAUUGAAAAGAGAAGGAAGUUUUAAGUCAAAAUAUGGCAUCACCAUGACCUUGUCUAUUUCCUUCAAGGGCAUCUCAAGGUCUAAUCAGUUGCGAGGGAUUCAUUUUUUCACUGGAAAUAUGAGUAGAAAACUUUACGUCUGAAUGAGGAUUUUCUUUGUAAAUUUCGACAAUUUAUAUGGCCGAGGUCAUGGUCAAGGUCACCUUUGGGUGAUCCCACAAACCUCAUAACCGUGAAGAUCAAGUUCGGAAUUGAUGACCCUAAGCAUGAAAUUGAGGGUCGUUUCAAGGUCAAGUGAACGUUUUCAGAUAGAUCCGUCAAGUGUGACCUUGAUGAUGACCUUCAAGGUCAAGUCAACAUUUCCAUAGGAUUUUUUAUACCGAAAAUGGGAAGUGCAAAACUGACAGGUUUAUGUGACAAUUUUGUUUUGACCUUGAAUAUUAUGGCCAAUUUCACUGAUGGGUGAUCCCCGCAACUGUGCUGUCGAACUUUUUGGCAAAUUGUGUUCGAUGCCUUGAUUUGAUCUUAUGCCCACAACCCCUCCUACACUGUCAAGGCCGAGUUUAACGUUCUUACUUUCGAGUGAACAACUUUUUUAACGAAGAAAUACUUUCUUCUGAUAGAAGCUAAGCUUUGUAGAUACAGUCAAACAUAGUAAAGUUCAAAAAAUGAAAACUUUGAAGUACCAUAUCUCAGCGAAAUAAAAAGAUAUUCAAGUAAGCUCAACCGCAUUUGAAAGGGCAAAGCUUGUAUUUUGAGAUUUUGGGAAAAACCCACUUUCCACAUAACCUUGAAUACAAAAAUCGCUCAAGGUUAGGACAUCUCGGAAAGUAGACCCGGCUGAGAGUUUUGGGAUUCCGAUUGAGGUUAUCAAAAAUCUUAUAGAAAGUAUACUUUGGUUUCUGGCUCAUGUUUGUCGGUCUGUGAAAUCGAUUCUUUGCUCACAAGUCGAAUAUUUAAGCCACUCCCGUAGCUAGACGUAAUUUUAAGGAAACGCUCUUCGCAGACGCCUAAAAAUGUGUUAAGAGUGAUUGUAAAUUUUUUUGUGGAGUAUAUUUUAAUAUAAGGAGUAUGUAAACUUCUAUGAUGCUGUAUUUGUUAAAGCUGCAAUUUAUAAUCUUACAGUUACGCUAUAAAAAAUACCUAUAUUAGUUGCUAUUAAUUGCUUAAAUAUAAUAUAUAUGUACAUGUAAGACUGAUGUGUUAACGCUAUUGCAUAUUGUUUGGAUGCCUGUAUUAUAAAUCUGUAUAAUUCUAA